UUCAGCUAUCUGGCCCAAUCAGACCAGUUUAGAACAAGCUAUGUCUGGUACUCACUGUUGACACAACAAUCUGAGUUGUGUAGUGAUUCCAGUAAGGAUAAAUGGAUCCCUCAUUUUCCAGACUUCACAGAAACCACCCGGCUUGCAGCAGGUUGCUAUGGCCAGCCAGUCUCAGGGGAUCCAUCAGCUCCUUCAGGCAGAAAAAAGGGCCAAUAACAAGCUAGAGGAAGCCAAAAAGAGAAAAGGGAAGCGAAUAAAACAAGCUAAGGAAGAAGCUAUGGCAGAAAUUGACCAGUAUAGAAUGCUGAGAGAGAAGGAAUUUAGGCUGAAACAAUCUAAGACAAUGGGCUCUCAGAGUAAUCUCUCAGAGGAAAUAGAAGAACAAACACUAGGGAAGAUACAAGAACUAAAUGGAAGUUACCACAAGUACAUGGAAAGCGUGAUGAAACAGCUUCUGAGCAUGGUCUGUGACAUGAAACCAGAAAUUCAUGUGAAUUACAGAGCCAACAUGUAACCAUGCACCACAGUCUUCAAUAAAUGGUGUGUGCAUGCCAGCUGGUUGCUUAUGCCUUCGUGUUUAUAUUAAGAAAUCAAAAUGUUAAUUUUAAAUUUAUUGACAACUAUGGACUUCAAUGUGACAUAAAUCACACAUCAGUGCAGAAUUAAACUAAUGUUAAU